CGAUAUCGAAACAUAACUUGCCAAAUAACUAUACAGAUUGGUUGUGUACACAUAAAACAAGUUUUGAAAAAAAAAGAAAGUGCUAAUUUUAUUGCAAGGCAUAAACCCGUGUUUGGAACAUAGAGAAACAAUUGAAGGGCAGUGCAAACUUGAAUUGUAAUUAUAUUGAAAUGAAACAUGGCUAACGAAAACAAUGAUUACUACAAGCUUGACCCUGGCUUCCAAAUUGUGUCAAGAAAGGGCCGAGGCAAGAAGAAAUGGAAGUCUAAGGCAAAGUACUCAUCGAACAACAGCACAGGAGAUUCCAAAAGUGAAUCCGACACUUUAGAAUUGGGAGAGAAUUCUAACGUAAUGGAUGACGUUGCCGACGUUAGCAGUGGAGUAGAAGACUCUGAAGAAGUGACAUAUAGAGACAUUCUGACAGCGCAGGAUAGCUCCAAUACUGUUCCUCGUGCAGAAAAUAGAGUAUCAUUAGACGCCAUGAUGAAUGCACCACCGGAAUACGCAAAAAGCGAAGAGGUAAUGACCGCAGAGUUAAAAACACUAGAAAGUUCUUUAGAAAAAUUUAAUAUGGAAGACGAAUCUGUGUUUACGGAGAGUAGUGAACCAAAGAUGGAGUACGUAAUCAAUAAGAGAGCUUUGCCAAAAGAAGCGACGACUUAUGAAUUGGAGAAAUUCGAGAAGAAUGCGCUGAUUAUCUUUAAUCAGGAGAAUAUUGAGGGGCAUCAGCGUAGAUUGGGGACAGAGCAGGACGUGGAAGCUUUGACGAGCACUUUUGGGAGUUUCGGCUUUGAAGUCACACCGCACAAGGAUUUGACACAUGAUGAACUGUUUAAGGAGCUUAAAACGUUCAGCGAGAAGGACUUUACAGACUACGGGUGUGUCGCCGUUGCAGUAUUAACACAUGGGUCUAACAAUGGUCUUCUGAGGGCCAAAGACCAGCAGUACAGCGAGAUCAAGAUCAUUAACCAUUUCAAAGAUUACUCCAAGUCUACGCUCGUGACGAAGCCUAAGCUAAUUAUUAUUCAGGCGUGUCGGGGCACUAAAAUCAAGGAGGGAGUCCCCGUAUUCCGGUCAGGCAAGAUUCGCAAGGACUUGGAUGAAGAGGAUUUGGAACCUUAUAUCCUGCCCGUAGAGUCUGAUUUGCUGAUUCUACACAGCUCGUAUGUUGGCAGCCCAUCACACAGAAAUGAGCUGCAUGGCUCCUGGUUCAUCCAAGCCCUAUGCAACAAAAUCAACGCUCUCUCUACGACGCACGACCUGGAAUCCAUCAUCACGGAAGUAAAACGAGAGGUAGCGAUCAACAAGCAACAUGAAGAGUACAACAGAAGAACGUUCGAGAUGGAUAUUAACAAACAAAUGCCGGUCAUGACAUCAACCCUCAUUCGAAAAUUGUAUUUGAAAAGGUUUGGGGAUAUUCCCAAGACUCCGACAUUUGUAGACCGGGCCAGGAGAAGCAGUGACUCCAAGAACCAGGUCUUAGAUGCAAGUAUGGCCAGUUCUCCUGGAACGCCCUUGUUGAUCCAAUUUGGACCUUGUAACUGUUUUUUGGAUCACUUUACGUAUAUGAGAAACUGUUUGAGGUAUUUCGUCGAAGAAAAUCCUCAUGAUGUGGCAGGACAAAGUAUUUUGGAUGUCGCCAAUACUUUUGAAGAUGGCGUCGAAUUUAAUACUUCUAAGGAUAGAAUGUGUAAAGCAAUUAGCUACUAUUUAAUGACCAACGCUCGAUCUAGCCACUUUUAUAAAUAUCUUUAUUUCUAUAACUCACCGCGGUCACCACCACAAACGCCUUUUUUUAAUAAUAAAAAUUAGUGAAUCAAUUCA